UCUCGGCCAAAAACCGCCCCGCGCCGUCCCCAGAGUUGGGGCUAAUCCCUGUGCGAUCCAUGCUCGCUGCACUCAAUCCGCAUCAAUGCGCAAAGUAUAACGUACCCACGAUAGUGUCUGGCCGCUAACGUUUAUUGCUACCGAUUUCUAGCUCGUUCAUCUCGUGCUCCAUGACGCCAAGGUCGACGCACUCAUCUUCCAGCUCCCGUGGGCGUGCCAGCUUUUCUCCUUUCUCCAUCUCCAUCUUCCUCCAACAGCUCACUGGCCACUCUCUUCUCUGACCUCUCAGCUCACGAUCCAAGAAGACCUCAUCUGCCCGCGACUGACGCACCUCACACUCUCACCACCAACGUCGCGAGUCCUCACCAUGGGUCUAGCAGAGCACACAAACAAGAUUGUCUCCGAGUUCGACUUUUCGGACGAGGAGCUCAAUCGCCAUGUCCAAGAAUUCCUGAAGCAGACCGAGUCGGGAUUGAAAGAAGAUGGAACCAGUCUCAGCCAAAUUCCUUCCUACGUAACUGCCGUGCCCGACGGCACUGAGAGCGGUGUCUAUCUAGCCGUAGAUUUGGGCGGCACAAACUUUCGCGUUUGCUCCGUUUCUCUCAACGGCGACAGCACUUUCAACCUGACCUACAACAAGGUUGCCAUUCCCAAGAAUCUCAUGGUCGCCAAGACCGCAAGAGAUCUUUUCGCCUUCUUGGCGAAGCAGAUUGAGCUUUUCCUCCGAGAGCACCACAAAGAGCACUUCGAGGGCGCGACAUCUCGUCGCAACACCAGUAGCUUCCCCGAGGGCUACCACGAUGAGCAGAUCUUUCGCCUUGGCUUCACAUUCAGCUUCCCAGUCCAGCAGCUUGGCAUCAACAAGGGCAAGCUGAUCCGAUGGACCAAGGGCUUCGACAUUCCCGAUGCAAUCGGCAAAGAUGUCUGCAAGCUUCUCCAAGACGAGAUUGAUCGACUUGGUCUUCCGGUCAAGGUCGCUGCCUUGGUCAACGACACCGUAGGAACACUCAUGGCUCGUUCAUACACUUCUGCCGGAAAGCACCGCUCUAUCCUUGGUGCCAUCUUUGGCACGGGUACUAAUGGCGCCUACAUCGAGAAGACAUCAAAUAUCAAGAAGCCAAUCAAGGGCGAAUACAAUACCUCAACUGGCGAAAUGGUCAUCAACACUGAGUGGGGCUCCUUUGAUAACCAGCUCAACGUUCUCCCCUCAACGGUAUGGGACGCCGCUCUGGACAGAGACAGUGUCAACCCGGGCAUUCAGAUGUACGAGAAGCGAGUCUCGGGCAUGUUCCUGGGCGAGAUUGUACGAUUGGCGGUUGCAGACAUGAUCAAGGACGAGGACACAUCCUUAUUCCGCGACACAAACUCCAGCUACAAUGAUUGGUCAACCACCACAAACAUCAGCCCUAAGUCUGGACUUCUGUCCCAAUGGGGACUGGACACUGCCAUCUUGUCCGUAGCUGCGGCCGACAACACUCCUGAGCUAUCAACUAUCCGACAAGAGUUGGAGAACACGCUCCAAGUUUAUACUCCCUCUUUGGAAGAUGCGCAAGCAUUCAAGGCUGUUGCAGGCGCUGUUGUCCGCAGAGCGGCUAGACUAUCAGCUGUCGCAAUUGGUGCCAUCGUUCUCCAAUCAGGAAAGCUAGACGACCCCGAAGAAGAGAUUGUCGACAUUGGUGUGGACGGCAGUCUGGUUGAGCACUACCCGUUCUUCCGAGAUAUGAUUUAUGAAGCUCUGCGUGCCAUCGACGGCAUUGGCCCCAGUGGCGCGGAUAAGAUUCGCAUCGGUAUCGCUAAGGACGGUAGUGGAGUUGGCGCAGCGUUGAUUGCUUUGAUUGCGCAGAAGAUGGAGAAGCCUGGAGAUUUCCUUGCUGACCUGCGACGGGAUAUUAAGCGGAGACUGUCUCAGCCAUUUGAAUCACCUGGUAUAGUUUCCUCUCCCUCUUGAAUGCCCUCAGGCAUGCUAACCUACUUUCCAGCGGAGGAAUCAUCACUUUUGUCUUUUCCAGCAUUGGUUG